CUGCAUGUCACUUGGUCACACAGAGUACCAAAACGGGGAGGAGAGCGGGUUAAUUCUGUUCAGGUUUGUGCAUUUAUUGCAUGAAUUCAAGGCUAAGGAGGGUGUAGUUAUCCCUCGCACGCCUGUCUGGACAGUCAGUGCUGUUUGUUGUGGAUCUCUGUGUAGCAGCUGGGGGAGAGGAAGUGUGGGACAGGGAAAUGUGAGUGUAAAGAGACACUGUUGGGUAGUUUAACACUCAAAGCUUACCUCAACGCUCUGGUGAAUACCUGGAUUUCAAGUGAAUGUCCCUUUAAUUUAUGACUGCUCCUAAGGCCAGGAGCUGCUGUUUGCCCAGUGCUGAAUGCGAUUUAGCUGUGCUCUGGCUGGCUCCGGCAGAGGAAUCAUCUCUGAGAAGAAACAGUGAGGAAGGGGAGAUACAUCUCUAAUUCCGACCUGUGUCCAAAGGGAAGAGGAAAGGAACUGACACACAGGACCUUUCCAAACUGGACAGGAAGAUGUCUUCAUCAGUGCAGCUCUUCCAAGGUCAGAGGUACCAGGAGCUGAAGGGGCAGUGCCUCCAGCAGGGCCGGCUCUUUGAGGAUCCUGAGUUCCCAGCCUCGGAUGAAUCCCUUUACUACGACUCAGCAGCAAAGGGGAAAGUGGAAUGGAAGCGGCCAAAGGACCUCUGUGAAGACCCCCACCUGCUUGUGGAUGGAAUGAGCUCCCACGACUUCCACCAGGGCAAGCUGGGGAACUGCUGGUUUGUGGCUGCGUGCUCCUGCCUGGCUUUGAGGAAAAGCCUCUGGCAGCAGGUGAUUCCAGACUGUAAGGAGCAGGAAUGGGACCCCAAAAACCCAAGGAAAUACGCUGGGAUUUUCCGUUUCCGUUUCUGGCGCUUUGGAGAGUGGACAGAGGUGGUGGUGGAUGAUCUGCUGCCAACAGAGAAUGGGGAGCUCAUCUACUGCCGUUCCAACGUGAGGAAUGAAUUCUGGAGUGCUUUGCUGGAGAAAGCUUAUGCUAAGCUGGCUGGAUCCUACCAAGCCCUGGAUGGAGGCUGUGCUGCAGAAGCCCUGGUGGAUUUCACUGGAGCAGUGGCAGAAUCCAUUAAUUUGGAAGAGGGCAAAUAUGGUGAGGUUAUUUCUGAGCAGAUGAAGCUGUUUGAAGACUUGAUGAAAGUGCAUAAAAGAGGAGGGUUCAUCAGCUGCUCCAUUUCGGAGUCCCCUGGCCGGCCCAGUGAAGCAGAGACAGGGAUGGGGCUGAUCGUGGGCCAUGCCUACUCCGUGACUGCCAUCAGGAAGCUGCGCCUCGGGGAGAGCCUCCUGUUCUCCUUCAAGGCAGAGAAGCUCUUCAUGAUCAGGCUGAGGAACCCCUGGGGCAGAAAAGAAUGGCACGGUGCUUGGAGCGACAGUUCUGAAGAGUGGAAGAAAGUCAGCGAUUCUGAGCGCAAGAAUUUGGGGCUCACUGUUAAGAACGAUGGAGAGUUCUGGAUGACGUUUGAGGACUGGUGUAAGAAUUUCACAGAUGUGGACAUCUGCAGGACUGUGAACACCUCCUGCUUCAGCCUCCACAAGACCUGGGAGAAGGAAAUGAUGUAUGGGGCUUGGGCAAAGCAUCCAGAACCCCUGCUGAACCGAUCUGGGGGCUGCUUUGAUAACAGAGAGACCUUCCUGCAGAACCCCCAGUACCUCUUUGAUGUUAAGAAGGCCCAGGACAAAGUGUUGGUGUCAUUGCAGCAAGAGGAUCGCCGCAGGUACAAGAAGGAAGGGAAAGGAGACAACAUCACAAUUGGCUUUGAAAUCCUCAAGGUGGAGGACAACAGAAGGUACAGGCUGCACAAGCUCACGGUGCAGGAGAGAGUGGCCACGUCCCCCUACUCCAACACACGCAGCGUGUUCCUGAUGAGGAGCCUCCAGCAAGGCCGCUACGUCCUCGUCCCAACCACCUUCAUCCCGGGUGUCCCCACAAAAUUUAUCCUCAGGCUCUACACAGAUGUGCCCUCAAAACUCAGGGAGCUGAAGGCAGAUAGGCCUAAAAUGACAUGUUGGAGUCUCCUUUGUGGCUACCCACGCAGAGUCACCCAAAUCAAAGUCCACUCUGCAGAGGGUUUGCAGAAACAAGGCAGAUCAGGAGGAGCAGAUCCCUAUGUGCUCAUCAAGUGUGAGAACCAAAGUUGGCGCUCCCCGGUGCAGCGCGACACCACCAGCCCCAUCUUCAACACCCAGGUGAUCUUCUACAGCAAGGACAUCGACAGUCCUGUCACCAUCCAGGUGUGGAGCAGCCGCCUCCUGCGUGACCGGUUCCUGGGGCAGGCGGAGCUGGCAGCAUCCCCCGGGCAGCCCCGGCAGCGGCGGCGGCUGCGGCUGCGGGGCAGCACCGGCGGGGCAGCGGCAGAGCUGCCGCCUCACAUCAGCCUCACGGUUCUCUGCAGCGACGACCUCGCCGAGCUCUGAGCGCCGCGGAGCCAGGCGGAGCUGUCACCUCUCGGCAGCACAGGGUGCACAUCGGCAUAAUCGCUUUAAAGGGGGGAAAACCCUCCGACUCUCCGCCUGAGCGCUGGUAAUGGGCGGAGAGGCGUUGGGAGAGGGGGAAAUGCGUGUUUAUACAUAUCUAUGCUCGUGAUCCGGCUCAUGGAGAAAUGGAAUGAUGGAAGGGAACGUCUUCCCAGCAGCAUCGUUGAGGAUGCAGGCAGGAAUGGCAUUUGGGGACUGGCAAAUACAAAGGGGAUUCGUGGGGAUUUUUUCCCCAUAUCCUUCCCUUAGAAGGAUAUAAAUUUCUUAAUGAAUUUCACUACAGAUUAGGUGUUUCUGUUCCUUGGUGAAAAUGUCACUACUCGAGGAGCUCAGUCAUAGCUCGUGGCCUUAAGACCAGUCUUGCCAGGACAACAUUAAAAUAGAGGGGCAGAUCUUGCAGUGCCUGUUUGAACACCACAGCAAAUAAGAGCUUUGUCCACCCAAAGGCUCUUAGAUUGACUUUCUGAUUGUUCUCUUCUCCACCUCGAGCUGGUGACUCUCAGUUUGGUGUAUCUGUCCAAGCUGAAUCACAGUUCAGCUGUGGCUUUGCUCAGAGCACAGAUUCCGUAAUGGAAACCUCCUUGCUUUGUUUAAGCCACAUAAUGCUAAAAAUGGGAUAAUGGCCCUCUUGUUUUGGUAGAUGUAGCACCAGCCUGAAGGAGGAGAAAAUGAGCUGAUGAGAAGGGUGGGUUUGUAAAACCAGGGCGCUGCUCCCUGGCAGUUGUCAGGUCUCGCUCUCAAAAUUUUGCCACAAUUUAUUGCUGGCACGGCUGAUGUUUGAUGGAGUUUCACUUGGGUACCACGGAGGAUGGGUUAUUUCACAUUUCCCUCACAGUAGGGGUCUGGUGCCAGCUCUUCCCUUCCCCUGCAGCCUCGGCAGGGUUCCCUCAGCAGCUGUCUGGGGUGGGCACGCUGGGCAGUGACCCUGGCAGUGCACAGGGCUCUGUGCCAGCCGCUUGGAAAUGGAUUUUACACAGCUGCAGAUUCUGGGUGGGAAAGUGAAGCUGAAGAACCGUUCUGCCUUUUUUCACAGCCAGGAAAUUUGGAUUCUAUGUGCCUCAUAGCCACUUCAGCCACGCUGUGCCAUUUCUGCAAUUUAUCAAAUGGCCCUUGACAGAGCUAAUGUUUCCCCAAAAGGUUUUGAAGUCUCCUCAGGGCUCCAAAAGGAUCAUUGCUGUGGUAGGAAAAUGCUUUCUCUGACAUGCCAGAGAAGGUCUGUGGGGCUGCGAAUGAUGCUGCAGUGCCAUCAGCUUGCCAUGUAUGUACCAAGAACCUAAAUCAGCUCGUUCAGACAGUUUGGGCUCAGACCUCUGGCACAGCAGAAAUCUUGUCAGAGGUGUGAACUACAGGCCCCACAGGCAAAUGACAUUCUCUGUAAACUCAUGGCUUCAGAGCUGCUUACUCUCACAAAUGUUUGUAAACUGAGAUUUCUCUUUUUAAAAGCAUAAACUCAUGCAGACCAGAGCUGGGACGAGGGGAACUGCAAAUGUCAGGGCUGCCCUAGUCCUGCACCGAGAGCUGUUUGCUUCCCGCAGUGUUCCCGUGGGAUGGGGGCCAUUCCCGGGGCUUGGCUUGGCCAAGGGUCAGUGUUUAGCCUGAAAAAAGAUCCACACCGAGACGGCACCAGAGGUUUGUGCCUCCCUGCCCCAUGAUUUGGCUGAGGAAGCUCCUGAGGUCCUGAACUCUGGUGGCUGAGGAAGCUCCUGAGCCCACUGAGGGCACAAAGCCACCUCAGCCCCGAGCUGGAGGGGCGUCCCUUGGCUCUUUCCCUGCAGCCACACAGCCCUGGUCCCCAAUCCCAGCACCACCACCCUGUUCCAGCCUCUGUACUGGGCUGUCCCCAGCAUCAGUGGGACACAGGGAGUGUGACCAGCAGUUCUUGGGCACCUACAGCCUGGAAAAGUGGGAAGUCAGUGGGGUGGGGAGCACAGACAUGUGACUUUAGGCCUUGAGCAUUGUGCCAGCUCCAGACAAUCCCCCAGUUUGUCCCCAUGGCAUGGGGACAGGCACUGCUGGCCAGUGCUGCCCUGAGGGACUCAGUGCUGGGAGGCUCAGCAGGAUGUCUGGACCUCUGCAUUGAUUAUUUUGGUGAACCAUUUGGUUUUCCCAUCAGGAGGAGCUGAUCCAGCCUGGGCACGCAGCUGGUUCUGCUGGCUUACAGAUCCUUCUGCCUUCCCAGGUGAAGCCAGGCAAGGGCAGGCUGACAGGGGCUUGUGCUGCUGUCUGCUCCUAACAUUGGUAGUUAAAUUUGUUAAUUUUUUAACAAUAUCGACAUGUGGGAAAACAUCUUAGGGUUGGUUUUUUGGGAGGGGAGAAAGGCUGCAUUUUGUACACACUCGAGCCACCUCAGAAACGAAAACAGGUGGAAACGGGUGUAAAAUGUUUCAUUGCAACUUUUUGUAACUUUUCAAUACAAAGUGAGCUAAAUAAAAUUUUACCAAAAAAAAUUAAAUUUUAUCGCUUUCUGCGCCGGCGGCGGCCGCGAGAGGGCGCUCGGUGCCCGCCCGCACAGGUGUGAGCGCGGCCAGGUGUAUAUACACACACCCCAUAUAUAUAUGUGUGUACAGAUAUAUUUUAUAUAUAUAUAAGGAGCAUUAUGUAUAUUUUU